AUGAAGAAACACCGAAUCAAUUUAGAUUCGGAUUUUAAGCCGAAAAAACAAUGCACAGAAGAGUCCAAGAUCAGCGGCGGAGACGGGACUGCGUCUGCUGCAGCAGGCUCCAGCAAAACUGUGACCGGCUUGAAUCCAAACACCGGACUAGCAUACACCCAACACUACUAUGAACUGUUUCGCAAGCGCAUUCAACUGCCUGUAUGGGAGUAUCAAGACAAGUUUCUAACUCUUCUUGGACAGGAAAACAUCAUGGUUCUUGUUGGUGAAACUGGCAGUGGAAAGACUACUCAAAUUCCACAAUGGUGUGUAGACUACUGCAGAAAGAAUAGCAUCAAAAUUGGAGUUGCUUGCACACAACCUCGUCGAGUGGCCGCCAUGUCGGUUGCAACUCGCGUGGCCGAAGAGAUGGACGUUGAACUAGGACAAGAAGUGGGCUACUCCAUUCGAUUUGAGGACUGCUGCAGCUCUCGCACCGUCCUGAAGUACUGCACCGACGGUAUGCUCUUGCGUGAGGCCAUGUCCGAUCCACUGCUUGAGGCAUACAGCAUCAUCAUUCUCGACGAGGCUCACGAAAGAACUCUAAGCACUGAUCUACUAAUGGGCGUCCUCAAGCAGGUAGUUGCCAAGCGUAAUGAUUUGAAAAUCAUCGUCAUGAGUGCUACACUUGAUGCUGGAAAAUUUCAAAACUACUUUGACAGCUGUCCUCUUUUAAGUGUUCCCGGUAGAACUCAUCCAGUUGAAAUUUUCUACACUCCUGAACCCGAACGGGACUACCUUGAAGCGGCUAUUCGUACUGUCGUCCAGAUUCACAUGUGCGAGGACGAAGGGGAUGUAUUACUGUUUCUCACUGGUCAAGAAGAAAUUGAAGAAGCAUGCAAAAGAAUCAAGAGAGAAGUCGAUAGUCAUGGCAAUGAUGUUGGAGAAUUAAAGUGCAUUCCACUCUACUCAACACUACCUCCAAACAUGCAGCAGAAAAUAUUUGAUCCUGCACCAGCUAGCAAGAAUGGUUUGGUUGGAAGAAAGGUGGUCGUGUCAACUAACAUUGCUGAAACAUCCCUAACCAUCGAUGGCGUAGUCUAUGUUAUUGAUCCCGGAUUUUCAAAGCAAAAAGUUUACAAUCCUCGUAUUCGGGUAGAGUCGCUUUUGGUUUCUCCCAUUUCACGGGCUUCUGCCCAACAGCGUGCCGGUCGUGCUGGUCGUACUAAACCAGGAAAGUGCUUCCGGCUCUACACAGAGAAGGCAUUUAAAAAUGACAUGCAAGAGCAGACGUAUCCAGAGAUUCUUCGCUCAAACCUGGGCAUGAUUGUUUUGCAGUUGAAGAAACUUGGAAUUCACGACCUUGUUCACUUUGACUUUAUGGACCCUCCAGCACCUGAAACACUGAUGCGAGCACUGGAAUUACUCAACUACCUUGGUGCUUUAGAUGACGAAGGCGAAAUGACUGAUACUGGCGCCAUCAUGGCCGAAUUCCCACUUGAUCCUCAACUAGCGAGAAUGCUAAUCUCUUCUUGUGAUUACAAUUGCUCUAAUGAAAUUCUGUCAAUUGUUGCCAUGCUUUCUGUUCCGCAGUGUUUUGUCAGACCCAACGAGCAGAAAAAGGCCGCUGACGAUGCAAAGCUUCGAUUCGCCCACGUUGAUGGGGACCACUUGACUCUGCUAAAUGUUUAUCACGCUUUUAAAGCAAACAAAGAUGAUCCUUCCUGGUGCUAUGACAACUUUAUCAAUUACCGUUCACUAAAAACGGCUGACAAUGUUCGCCAGCAACUUUCUCGAAUUAUGGACCGGUUUAACUUGAAGCGAACUUCGACGGAAUUUACCUCUAGAGAUUAUUACUUGAAUAUUCGCAAGGCACUUGUGUGUGGAUAUUUCAUGCAGGUUGCCCACCUUGAGCGAAAUGGCGUCUAUUUGACAAUCAAAGACAACCAAGUGGUUUACCUUCAUCCAUCUUCUGUUUUGGAACAUAAACCUGAGUGGGCCUUGUACAAUGAAUUUGUGCUAACUACUAAAAACUAUAUCCGAACAGUGACUGAGAUAAAGCCUGACUGGUUGUUACGUAUCGCCCCUGCCUACUAUAAUUUGGAGUAUUUCCCUCAGUGCGAGGCUAAGAGACAACUCGAGUUUUUAUCCAGCCGAAUUCAAGAAAGACAACUGAGGCGGCAAAUGAAAUGAAAUGAAAGUGUGAGGGAGUGUUCGAUGUGUGUGCUUGCAGUGACUGCAGUGCUGCAAUGA